UUUCUCUGGUUAGGGAUUACUCAAUUUAAGACUAUUUUACAUAUCUCACAUAAUUGUACACAAGAGUCGAGAAACCCUGUAAACACCCUCAAAGCUCUUCUCUCCAGACCCGGUUGACCUCUCGUUGAACUCAGGCGGAACUAGCGGUUAACAGAGCUCGGUGGGUCACCACCACAGUGGCUCCGGUUACACAGCCUGAGCCUUCAGUCCCUUCGGCGUUUCUGUGUGGCAGUCCUAAAUUGGUCCCAUAGUCGCUUCUCAUUGGACGUGAGGCGCACGUGAGACUCGUUGCGCAUCUCCUGAUUGGUCGAUUGGCCCGUUUGUUGAGCUGAUCUCCUCACUGUGACCGGGAAGGGAGGGGGGCGGUAACAGCCGCGAUAGCAGCAGCAGAACCUGCGCGUUCAAUGUCAUCCGGCACCAGACAGGAUGGAUUUGGCUGCGAAGUCGGUAAACAUAGACGCCUGGGGCCCACGGUGAUACUGUACUUGCCCAAGCUGACUAAGAUCAAUGCGCAGAUAUUCAUGGUGAAAUUACAGGACGCCGUUUGAAGCCAAAAGACGCCAGGCCUCACAAAAGAGAAAGGCUUUGAUUUCCCGACGAGGCUGCUCGACAAACGAGUUCAUGGUUGGGUGGCGAGUCGCCCCAUGGCUGACACUGUCAUCUGUUCAGCCCCUUUCCUUCAACCUCCCACAUUCAGCUCCUCUUCCCUCCUCUUAACCAUGUGGCCUAUUUAUACUCUGGAGACUCAAAAGAGUCCAUUUAAGCUCCAGCAGACAACAGUUGACAUGAAUCCAGUAACACGUGCUCUCUUCACCCAUCUUUUUCUAUAGCAGUUAAGGAAAUUCCGAGCUUUGUAUUGUGGGAACUGGAGACACUGGGAUUGGAAUUCAGUUUUGAAAGUAGCUUCUGCUCAGAGCAUUUUGGAUAAAUCAUGUUGUUCGACUCGGACUGGACUGGAGGUGUUGUUCUAUUAAGCUCCAACGCCGGGAAAACCUUUCAUUGAUCGUUCUUUUUCAUAGCUGAGCGUCACUAAUAUUUGGGGAUGAGAAGAAGAAUGGAUGGAUUUGCUUUGUAAAUGGCACUCACAUCUGAAGGAUGACUGCCGUCUGCCCCUCUGAAAGCACCCCAGAGGGUGCUGAGGCUGGGGCAGGAACAGCAGACGCCGCUCGGGACGGCUCCAAUUCUGGAGAUUCCAGCCGAGAUCCUCUCGGAGGUUCCGCCGGAGGCACAGUGCUGAGUACCGGUAGCCAACGGUACAGCCGCUGGAGCCGCCAGGACAGCUCCGACAUCAACACCGACGAUGAGGGGGCCACUGUCCGGCGUCUCACUCCACUGGAGAGGCUGAACCUGGACAUGUGUCAGGAUGACAGGGUGGUCCGUGAGCUGACAGUGGGGAGGAGAAUUGCCUUCUACAAGAUUCGAGGAGAGAUUGGCUGUGGAAAUUUCUCCCACGUCAAACUAGGAAUUCACGCUCUCACUAAAGAUAAAGUGGCCAUUAAGAUCUUAGACAAAACUAAGCUGGAUCAAAAGACUCAGAGGCUUCUGUCCAGAGAGAUCUCCAGCAUGGAGAAACUACACCACCCCAACAUCAUACGCCUCUACGAGGUGGUGGAGACUCUGUCACGGUUACACUUAGUGAUGGAGUAUGCAGGUGGAGGAGAGCUCUACACUAAAAUUACUACAGAAGGAAAACUUUCCGACCUUGACUGCAAGAUUGUCUUUGCUCAGAUCAUCUCUGCUGUUAAACACAUGGUCAGUACCUACAAGCAUGAAAACAACAUCAUCCAUCGAGACUUGAAGGCAGAAAAUAUCUUCUACACCAGCACCUCUUGUGUCAAGGUCGGGGAUUUCGGAUUUAGCACUUUGAGCCACCGUGAUGAGACUCUCAAUACAUUCUGUGGCUCUCCGCCUUAUGCUGCUCCAGAACUCUUUCGGGACGAGCAUUACAUUGGGGCCUUCGUAGACAUCUGGGCUCUCGGGGUGUUGCUGUUCUUUAUGGUGACGGGUACCAUGCCAUUCAGGGCAGAAACUGUGGUCAAACUGAAGAGGUGCAUCAUGGAUGGGGCUUACAUUAUGCCCACUUGGGUACCGGAGGCGUGCCAGAGGUUGAUCAGGGGAAUCCUUCAGCCCGUUCCAUCUGACCGCUGUACUGUGGAACAGAUGAUGAGCAGUGAGUGGCUGCUCCCUGUCGACUUUCCACGUUCCUUAGAUCCAUUCAGCCUAGACCCAACCCAUCUAGCAGAGAGUGAUCCGUCUGAAUUGCGGGAGGAGGAGCUGGAGAUAAAGACAGCACUGGAAGCAUUGGGAAUCACGUCGGAGCACAUCCUGAACAACCAGGGGAAAGACUGUCGAAGUUCCAUCACUGGGGUCUACAGGAUCCUGCUUCACCGCGUUCACAGGAGACGCGCUGUUGACAUUGUGCCUGCUGUCACGCGGAAGGUUGCUCCAAUUACAGCAAGCAAAAAAGAAAGACUGAAGGUGUACAGAAGUUUACGGCACACAUCAAAGCUCUGUAUCAUUCUGUGACAAUUAUGUAGCACUUUAUUCUUGAAGUUCAUUGACUUGACAAAAUAGCACAGCUAUCUUAAAAAAAUAAAAAGUGCUUUUAUUGACAGCUAAGAAUUGACUUAGUUUGACAUAAGUCACAUUCACCGCAUAAAACUUGUUAUUUCUGAUGCUAGUAAGUGCUAUUGAUGUUUUCUUAUCCUAAAUGUGCUGUAUUUAGGUAAACAUGGUGAUAGCAUACAUAAAACAUAAUUUAAUGCUGAUUAAAAUUUUCUAGAAGUUAUUUGUUAUGUCCUCAGGUUUGCUGUUAUAACAAGAUAUAAAAUAAACCAAGUAGAAAUUAAGGAAAUAUAAUUUCCUCAUAAAGUGUAAGACAAAAGUUAAUUUAUAGUCUGUGCAGAAUGUGACUUGAUUACUUACUUGCAAUUUUCCGAUAUGCCUUAGUUUUGUAUACAUUCUGUUCAUGAAUAUUUGUGUUAAAACUAAAGACUUUAAACUUUAUGUAAUGGCAAAUGUCUUUACAAGAUGUUAUUGCUGUGUCUUUGGUUUCCUUUGUACGUGAUAUUGUUUUGGCAUUGCAAGCCUAAUUAGAAAACAGUUUUAAUAAUCUACUACUAGCAAAUAAAUUUCUUAAUUUAUUAGACUUUUUUUUCUUAUUCAAUAAUUUCUUUUUUUUACAUUAUUCAUUGACAUUUACAUCCUAAUGUACUGACUGAAAUAAAUAACAGAACAAGUCUUGGCAG